AACGACAAAACCAGAGGAGGCUGUUAAUAGACUUCACGGCAGCCGCCGCGAUAGGGUUUCCGGCGGUUGUCGUGACAUAGCCCACAUAAUCAAAAUGACUAACUUUUUCAUUUCACCACGUGCAUUGCACAAUUUUCACCUGCGGCUUCUCCUCGAUUCGAUUGAACGUUAACCUUGCCAUGUUUUUUUUGUUCACUAAUGGAUAUCACAUUCGAAUUACCCGUAUGGCUGGUGUGGUUUUACCAUUGCAUGGGUACAAUUUCCUUUCUACUGAACACAUUCACCAUCUACCUCGCCCUUUUUAAAAGCGAUACAAUCGACAAUUUUCGGUAUUGCAUUUUAGUUUUCCAGCUUCUAUGUACUCUAACGGACUUUUACUUGACAUUUCUUAUGCAGCCGAUCCCGUUGUUCCCUAUAAUCGCAGGAUAUUGCUCUGGGUUUCUGGCAGUUUAUCUGAAUGCUUCUACGCAUUAUUUGAUGGCGUUCAUGAUGGCUUCAAUGUCGGCACAAAUGGAAUGGCUCGUGUACUGUUUCAUCAAAAAACACCAGACUAUUGGAAAAAUAUUGAGUACACAUAUUAUUCCUGCAAAAUUAUUUUUUGUUGGUGAAGCCGGGAUCCCGGUUCUGCCGGUUGCGGUCUUUGUAUUGUACAGCAUGGCCGGAAUGGAUCGGGAAGAGCAAUUGGGCUAUGUUCUAGAGAACUAUCCCCAAUUCUUCGCCGGCUUCACCUCCCUCUCCAAUUUUGCAAUUUACACCCUGAACUUUUGGUUUCUGCUGAUCGCCGCCGUUUCCCUCAUCGGCGGCCUAAUCUGUGGCCUAGUUUUUACCUAUUCCACGUUGGACAUGUUCAAAAUGCUGAGAAGCGUUCAACGAAGGAUCUCCACUGCUAGCUAUAACCGCCACGAGGCCGCCGUAAAAAGUCUGCUGGCCCAGUUUUCGGUGACGUCACUGUGUGUGGGGCCUCCAGUGAUGUUCGUGGUGGUUGUGAUGAGCAAAUUCCGGUAUGCUCAGGUAACCGUGCAGCUUUUGCUGGCGAUUUUUGCGUCACAUUCGUCGGUUAAUGCGUUGGUGCUUGUGGCGACAACUCCUCCGUUCAGGAAUUUUGUUUUGAGAAAACCUCCAAAACGAAUAUUUGCUCUCAAUAUUUCUACGGUUUUGUAACUCGAAUUACUUAAAAUAUGAGGGUUUUUGUGAAUAAACUGUCGUUUUAACAUUAAAA